AUGGCACCUUCAAAAUCUUCGAAACAAGAAUUAACGCGAGCACGCGUCGCAAGGGACGCGGCGUUAAAUUCAAUACGGAAAAUACAUGCACUGGCUAUGGAAGCGGACACGGAUGAGCAUAAACGACCAAUAUUUUUCGCACGUCACGGGACAUUAGAACGUGCGGUUAAGUCGUUUGAAGCGGAGCAAGGAAAUGUUCUUUCUUCACUGGUUGAGUUAAAUAGGUCUGACGAAUUUACAAGUUCAGAUUUAGAAAUUACCGAGGACAUGGAAAAAAUGUGCGGAGAAAUUCAAGUGGUGUUUUCGAAAUUACGUGGAUAUCCUUCAAUUACACAUCAAGGUGCAAUUGUAGAACGCGAAAAUACUUAUAAUUCUCGUGCAUCGUUGUCGUUGCCGAAGAUUGAGCUUCCAAAAUUCGACGGUAGUCUUAUCAAUUGGUGCGCGUUUCGCGAUAUGUUCACGUCACUAGUGCAUGAAAAUCGGUCAAUAACGGAUAUAGAGCGCUUUCAUUAUUUGGUGUCUUGCUUAUCAGGAUCGGCCUUGAACAUUGUCAAAUCAGUUCCACUAACCUCAGAUAAUUAUGCACUUGGUGUUGUUGAUUUGUCUGGAUUCUUACUAUUCUACAUCGGAGCCCGCGUCAUUGAUCCUGAUACUCGUCGAUUAUUUGAAGCAAGUGUACCUCAAGAAAGCAUACCGAAGCUGGAUGAACUGUUGGAUUUUGCUGCGAAUCGGUGUAAGAUUUUAGAAAACGUCGGCGCUAACACGGGUACACUGUCAGUGGGCAACAGUAGUUCUAGAAAGGGCAAGGGCGGCCAGAUGUCCGUGAAGACUUCAUUAUCGACUAUUGCCACUGCCAAGAACAAAUGUGCGUUUUGCGAUCGUGAUCACCCGUUAUUUCGAUGUUUAAUGUUCAAGAGGAAAUCGGUCGCCGAACGGCGGGAGUUUGUCAUUAAGAAAGAAUUAUGUUUUGUUUGUCUACGUCCGGAUCAUGAAGCAAACUCCUGUAAGUCGGCGUACUUGUGCAAAACUUGUGAAGGACGACACAGUGUAUUGCUCCAUUUAGAUUCAAAACAUAAGGGUUCAGGGAAAACAUCAACACCUAAUGCAAUGGCAAUUUCAAAACCGAUUGAAAGCACCACGGAUCAGAACUGUACAGCUACUAACUUUUCAGGCGCUGUGAAAUCGGAUGUUAGUGUUGUACUGGCUACGGCGAUAGUGAGAAUACAAGACCAAUCUGGUGAGCUGGUGCCAGUGAGAGCUUUAUUAGAUACUGGAUCACAAAUUUCGGCCAUCACCAAUCAGUGUGCGAUCCAACUUGGUUUACCACGUCAUAAGGGACGAGUAGAGGUUAGUGGUCUGGCACAGCAGCCCGUACGAACUGUUAAGGGUUCAACCAAUUGUAGCUUUAUUCCUUUGUUGUAUGAUGCACCGCAAAUAUCGGCCACCAACAUUGUAAUAUUACCAAAAAUCACCGCUCUUAUGCCGAAUCAAAAAUUACCCAUUUCAAUUCGUGAGAGAUACGGGCAUCUUCCACUGGCUGACCCCGAUUUUGAUGUACCAGGUUCAGUAGACAUGCUGAUUGGAGGGGAUUUAUAUCCAUUCAUCUUGCAAUCGCGAUCGGACAUUGUCCAUAGUCCCGGUCUGCCGUCAGCAUUGAACACACAGUUUGGAUGGGUAAUAGUCGGAGCUAUAGAAGGGUCAAGAGAAUACUCUACGGCUUCAUCGUUGGUGGUUCAUGGGGCAUCAGAUAAUCAAAAUAUAGGUGAGCUUUUACAGCGAUUUUGGGAAGUUGAAGAACUUGAUAUAAACCAUAGCCCAAGCACAGAAGAUGAAGCAUGUGAAAGACAUUUUCAAGAAACAGUAUCGCGGGAUUGUAAUGGAAGAUUCCAUGUUGCUUUGCCUUUCAAAUCCAUAAUUUCUAGUUCAAUGGAUAAGGGAAAUACAAAGCAUGAUGCUCAUUCAUUAGACCUAGGAUCGUCCCGGGCAUUAGCUCUGAAUCGCUUAUAUAAUCUUGAACGUCGCCUAAGUAAGGACGAAGAGCUAUAUAACGCCUAUCGUGAUUUUAUGGAUGAAUAUAUUGCACUAGGCCAUAUGAAGUUGGCUGAACGCACCGGAGAAUAUUUCAUACCACAUCACGCAGUUGUAAAACGGAAGGAGAAUGAUAUAAAAAUUCGAGUUGUUUUUGAUGCCUCCGCCCCUUCUUCGUCGGGACGUUCUCUAAACGACUGCUUAGCAACUGGGUCUAAAUUGCAAACCGAUAUCGGUGACAUCUUGUUGCGUUGUCGAUUCUAUAAGUACAUAUUCAUAGCGGACAUAGUUAAGAUGUAUGGACAAAUAUUCGUUCGAAAAGAAGACCGUGUUUACCAACACAUUCUUUGGAGACGUUCACCACACGAGCAAGUACAGGAAUACGAGUUGUGCACUGUUACCUAUGGUAUAAAUUCAGCACCGUUUUUAGCAAUUCGCUGUCUUCUUCAAUUGGAACAAGAUAAUGGUCCAGAAUUUCCAUUGGCAAGGCAAUUUCUGCGGUCAUAUACCUAUGUGGAUGACAUUAUUGCAGGGGCCGAUACAAGGGAAGGCAUAUUGAAGGUUCAAUGUCAAGUCGUUGGGUUGUUACAGAAAGGCUGUUUUCAGCUCAGUAAAUGGGCCAGUAAUUGCCCCGAAGUAUUGGAAGGCAUUGCGAAGGAGGACUGCGCCAGUAACCCAUACUAUGAACCUCAUUCUGGACUGGCUAUAAAAAUAUUGGGACUUUACUGGGACCCGUAUGGAGAUACAUUCGGAUACAGGUCAAAUAUUACAGAGAUGCAACCUACAAAGCGAUCAGUACUAUCAGUCCUCGCUCGAUUAUAUGAUCCCAUUGGAACAUUAGGCCCAAUGGUUUUCUGGGCUAAGUGCCUAAUGCAAGAGCUAUGGCGUCAAGGACUGAACUGGGACACUCCAAUUUCCAAUGAGAUCUCUUCCAAGUGGAAUAUGUUCAUAGAAGAACUUACAUCGUUGGUGCACUUGAAGUUACUUCGUCAUAUUAGCAUUGGAAAAUGCAUAAAGGCUCAGCUAGUGGGGUUUGCAGAUGCGUCACAAAGGGGUUAUGCUGCGACGGUCUUUCUACGAGUAACGGACAAUCAAGGUCUUAUUAACGUGCAUUUCAUUGCUUGCAAGUCAAAGGUUGCUCCGCUAAAGACAUCCAAGAUCGAUAAGUCUUUGACCAUACCCCGGUUAGAACUAUGUGCCGCACUUUUGUUAGCACGUCUCCUUUCACAUAAGAUGUCACUGUUAAAGGAAUUAGUAUCUGUACAAAGCAUCAAAGCAUUCUCUGAUUCAACGAUUGUUUUGUCAUGGUUAAAGGCCGAGCCCAAGGAUUUUAAAAUAUUUGUUACAAAUAGAGUAAACAAAAUAAAGGAGCUACUGCCACAAUGUGAGUGGAAUCACGUAAAAACUACGGAAAAUGCAGCGGACCCGGCAUCAAGAGGGUUACUCCCAAGCCAAUUAGUUGCUUCGCAGUUGCAUUUGAACGGUCCAAAAUUAGUUAUGGCUAUGAUUCAAAGGAAAUAUUGGAUUGUGUCAGGACGUGCCGCCAUUCGGAAAAUUAUACAUACAUGUGUUAGAUGUGUGCGCCAUAGAUCUGCUUGCCCACAACCAGUCAUGGCAGACCUGCCACCAGUACGAGUACAGCCUCAUAGACCAUUCGCAUUCGUUGGCAUGGAUUACGGUGGACCGUUUAUUGUGAAAGAAAGCCGUCGACGAGGUGCUAAGACUAACAAGGCUUAUCUUGCUCUAUUUGUGUGUCUGUCAGUAAAGGCAGUCCAUCUGCAAGUGGUGAAGCUGCCUGUGUCCUGA